GAAGACCAAAAGACCCCUUGCCGGAUAUGCGAUGGAGAUCAGCCAAUAAAAAGAGCUCACCGGAACUUAUUCUAUGAACGGCAUACCAUAACAUUCCUUGAUUUUGCAUAUCAACGAAGGCCAGCCUCACGCUUCUGCAGAAAAUCAGUUCGACUAUGGCAGCCACCCUCUCCGUCCGGCCUAACACCCCUGCCGCCGGUUCACCGUUCUCCCGACCGCCCUUCCGACGAUCCGGCUCAACAUUUCCCGGUAAAACUGUUUCCUGGACCGGUGGUGUCCCUCCUCUCUGCCGUGAAUAUGCUAGGACGCUGCUGCUGCCGGUUCAGGCGAGCUCGCGCGCUGACGACUCGGCGCCGUCUGAGAUGUCUCUCGAGAACGCGCUUAAGCUUCUUGGAGUCUCUGAAGGAGCCUCCUUCGAUGAAAUACUCCGCGCCAAGAAUUCCAUUCUUGCUACUUGCAGCGACGACAAGGGGAUUGCUCAGGUUGAAGCUGCGUAUGACAUACUGCUGAUGCAGAGCUUAACUCGGCGUCGAGCUGGGAAAGUUGAGAACAGUCGCAUCCGGUAUGCUGAUGUGAAACCAGUAAAUUCUCCUGGUGUAGGUUCAAUGUCUCAGUGGCUGCGGAACGUGCCUGUUUCUGUAGAAACACCAUCUACUGGUGACUUGGGCAUACAAGCUGGUGUAUAUGGGGCAUUAGCAGUCUUGACAUAUGUAAAUGGAGCUGCUUCAUCUUCUUCACUGCCUUAUGCAGGUGCUGAUGUUCCUGGACUGAUCUUGGCUGGUAGCUUUGGAGCCUCCCUGUACUUUAUGACCAAAAAGAACGUGAAAUUAGGAAAGGCGACGGCGAUAACACUAGGUGGCCUUGUGGCUGGUGCAGUAGUCGGUUCUGCAGUUGAGAGUUGGCUGCAGGUUGACAUUGUUCCUUUCCUUGGUAUACACUCUCCUGCUACUGUAGUAAGCGAAUUCCUAAUUUUCUCCCAAUUCUUGGUCUCUUUAUACCUUAGAUAGUGCUAAUAGAAUAUUGUAACUGCCCCUUCAUUGUAGGAGUUGUAAUUAUUCAUUUGCUCUAUCACAUGUUAGCUCUUUAAGGCUGUGUGCUUUUGGAUGCACAAAAGCUCAAUGAAUUGUUGGGAAUGACUUGUGUUUAUAGUGAAGAACAUAAUAAUCAUCAUAUGUUCUCCA